AUUUUCUCAACUGCUCUGACCUUGAUGAUGAAGAAGAGGAGGAGAAAGAACAAGCAGAAGAGGAAGAAGAUGAACAGAAGAGGGAUGAGCAGGAGAAGGAACAAGAGAAGGAAGACGAGACAAGGGACUUUGCUGAGAGUGAUGAGUGUGAGGACGAUGUUAUAGAAAUCAUUGUCGAGGCCCCUGAAGGCUUCCGGAAUGAGGACUGUCCUCCUCUAGAUGCAGACUGCAGCUCUGAGGAGGAGGAGAGUAGCGAGCAGCUGCAGGCCUCCAGUGAGACAAAGGAAGAGCAAGAGGAAGAGAAGGAGAAAGUGGAAGACAAGAAGGAGGAGGAGCAGGUUACAGAGAUGGACAUCCCUGCCACACAGGAGCAUGGUCAUUUCUAUGGAGGGUGAAGGCGUUUCCAUUGAGACCGCUCAGGUCGAGGGUCUCCAGGACAGUGGGGAGGGAGCAGAGCUGCUCCAGACUGCAGAGGCUUCCCUGGUGGAGGGGGGUGUGGCACCCCAAGAGGUGACGGGGAAUGUUGAAAUGAUGGUGAUGGACACCCUGGACUCGACCCUUGACCCUGCCCUGCUACAGAUGAAGACUGAGGUCCUUGAAGGGGGCGGAACAGUGACGGUCACCGGGGGAGACGAGGGACAGAUCAUCACCCUGCAGGUGGUGAACAUGGAGGGGAACAUGGAUCAGACGAGUGCAGCACUGGGGCUUGGACAGCUGCAGCUGGUGCAGGUCCCUGUCACUACAGCCACCGUGGAAGAGCUCCAGGUCAGCUUCGUUGACGCCUCAGCAGGCAAUACUGAGGCAGAGCCGGUGAUCUGCCACACCCUCCCUCUGCCCGAGGGCUUCCAGGUGGUGAAGGUGGGGGCGAAUGGAGAGGUGGAGACAGUUGAGCAGGAAGAACUGCAGGCAGCCCAGGAUGAGCUCCAGGUGAUCCAUGGGGAGGAGGAGGAGGAGGAGGAGGAGGAAGCUGAGCCCCAAGUAGAGGACCAGACAUGGUCAAAAGACCCAGAUUACCAACCAACUGCUGGCAUCCGCAAGGGGAAGAAGGGCAAGAAGAGCCGCCUGCGUUACGGGGAGGGGGAGCGAGACAUGGACGUGUCUGUGUAUGACUUUGAGGAGGAGCAGCAGGAGGGGAUGCUCUCUGAGGUCAAUGCUGAGAAGGUUGUGGGCAACAUGAAGCCGCCCAAACCCACUAAGAUAAAAAAGAAAGGUGUGAAGAAGACGUUCCAGUGUGAGCUGUGUAGCUACACCUGCCCCCGGCGCUCUAACCUGGACCGCCACAUGAAGAGCCACACAGAUGAGAGGCCACACAAAUGCCAUCUGUGUGGGAGGGCCUUCAGAACGGUCACACUGCUGAGGAACCACCUCAACACACACACAGGCACUCGUCCUCAUAAAUGCCAAGAUUGUGACAUGGCAUUUGUGACCAGUGGAGAGCUGGUGCGUCAUCGUCGCUACAAACACACAUUCGAGAAACCCUUCAAGUGCUCCAUGUGUGACUACGCUAGUGUGGAGGUGAGUAAGCUGAAGAGACACAUCCGCUCCCAUACAGGCGAGAGGCCCUUCCAGUGCAGUCUGUGCAGCUACGCCAGCCGAGAUACCUACAAACUGAAGAGACACAUGAGGACACACUCAGGUGAGAAGCCAUAUGAGUGCUACAUCUGCCAUGCUCGUUUCACGCAGAGCGGCACCAUGAAGAUGCACAUCCUGCAGAAGCACACAGAGAAUGUGGCCAAAUUCCACUGCCCCCACUGUGACACAGUCAUCGCCCGUAAGAGCGACCUGGGUGUGCACUUGCGGAAGCAGCAUUCGUUCAUGGAGAUGGGCAGGAAGUGUCGUUACUGUGACGCUAUGUUCCACGAGCGUUACGCACUCAUCCAGCACCAGAAAUCCCACAAGAACGAGAAGCGCUUCAAGUGCGACCAGUGUGACUAUUGCUGCAGACAGGAGCGUCACAUGAUCAUGCACAGACGCACACACACAGGGGAGAAGCCGUACGCCUGCAGCCAAUGUGAGAAAACUUUCCGGCAGAAGCAGCUGCUGGACAUGCAUUUCAAACGUUACCAUGACCCCAACUUCAUCCCCACUGCCUUCGUCUGCAGCAAGUGUGGCAAGACCUUUACUCGCAGGAACACCAUGCUACGUCACGCAGAGAACUGUAACGGAGAGAACACCGGCGAUGAGAACGGAACCCCACCCAAGAAAGGCCGCCGCGGCAGGAAGAGGAAGAUGCGCUCCAGACGGGAUGACGACGAUGACGACACCGAGCCUGAGCUGGAUGACAUUGAGGAAGAGGAGGAGGAGCUGCUAGCUGAGAUUGAGGUGGAGCAGGCACCACCGGUUGUCCCUGUCCCUGCCCCUGUUGGCCCGCCAGCCAAGAGGAAACGUGGAAGACCUCCCAAGGCCAAACCUGCCCCAACGGCGGCAAUCAUCCGGGUGGAGGAUGAGACCACAGGCGAGGUGGAUGACAUCAUCGUGAAGAAAGAGAUGAAAGCCGAGCAGGCGAGCCAGGAGGAAGAAGCUGUCGAGGAUGAGGAGCCAGCAGUAGAGGUGGAGCAUGCCAAAGGAGAACCUGCCAAUCAGGUAGAAGAGUCACUCCAGGGGGAAGAGGUGGUGCAGGAAAUGGCACUGUCUGUCACAGAGGGUCCCCCCAACGGUGACCUCACUCCUGAAAUGAUUCUCAGUAUGAUGGACCGGUGAUGAAGUCUCUGUCUACAUCUAACAAUACAAAGUGUCCCCUAUCUGUACACUAACAUACACCCCAUUGUACCCACUAUCAAACAUACACGUAUACCACACAUGCACACCCCAGUUAUAACCUGAGAUCUUUCUCUGAUGUUGAUGAUGCCUGGGACAUGUCUAAAAAUACCUUCAGCCCAUUCUAUUUUUUUAAGAGCUUAUUUUUCUCUCUUGCGAUCUCUAUCUACAUCCUACUGCGAAACCCCUGACACCCUCAUGUUGAAUUAUGUUUGUAUACAGAAUGUAGAUAACAUUAUGCAGUCUGUUGUCACUGGAAAAGAUGUAAGGAGAGGGAGGUGGUUUACAUCAUGAUGAUGUCUUAUGUCAAAUCAUGUGCUCAUUCUGCUAUCAAUUAUGUUCUAUAGGCCCUCCAGAAUGCCUUCUCUGUUGCAUAUUUUGGCCCACAUUUGAUCUUUUCAUGUUGGCCCUCUUGUGCUCUGUUGUCUGUCUGAAAACAAUUAUCAUGUGCUUUCACCCAUGGAAUUAGCUGUUCGGGGGUCAAAGGUUAGGGGGGUAGGAGGACCUGAAAUAUUCUGCUUUUACAAAAUGUGAUGCUGUUUUCAAAUGAAACAUAAUACCUUACUCUUGUUAAUUAAAGCUUUUAGAAUGUAUUUGUUUUUUGGUUUAAUGCUUUUUUCUUUUGUACCAUCGAAAUUAAAUGCUAGGGGGCUUGACUGGCAAGAUAUGAUUGGAGGGGUGGGAGAAUGUUUGACUGUGCAGCCAAUAAUACAAAUAAAAAAAGAUCAACCUA